GCCUUGUUAGCGGUGCUGCGUGAGAGUCAUCGCACCCGCACGGUGUUCCGUAAGGUGGGAGGCUUCGUCUACAUCACGUCUCUGCUGGUUGCCAUGGAGCGCUCACUGUGCCAGCCUCCUCGACACGGCUGGGACCGAGUCAACCAGAACCAGGUCUUUGAGCUCCUGCACACCGUCUUCUGCACGCUCACCGCCGCCAUGCGCUACGAGCCCGCCAACUCCCACUUCUUCCGUACGGAGAUCCAGUAUGAUAAACUGGCAGACGCUGUGAGGCUGCUGGGCUGUUUCUCAGACACUAAGAAGCUGGGUCCGACAAGCGUGUUCCCCUCCAACGCUCAGCCUUUCCAGAGGCUGUUGGAGGACGAGGCUGCACCCGGAGGCUGUGCGGGAGACAGCGUGUGUCCGACACUUAAACACUGCAGCAAACUCUUUAUCUAUCUGUACAAGAUGGCGACUGACUCCUUCGAUAGACAAGGUUACUACGGCACGUCGGGCCCUCCUGCCCCAGUCAAGGCCCUGACUGACCUCAAACUGCACCUUGCCAACGCCUCCCACCCUGUUUCCUCGUCCUCUUUGUCUGACAUGGUGGUCAUCCACCCAGGGGCCGUCCUCGCCAUUCUUGACCUGCUGCCCUCCGUCUCCUCCGACAGCCAGCCCGAGCACGCUCUUGACCUGCAGCUGGCAGUGGCCAACAUCCUGCAGCUACUGGUGAACAGUGAGAGGAACCAGCAGGUUCUGUGUGAAGCCUCUCUCCACCAGCGGCUGUUGCAGCGCUGCAGUCAGGCUCUGGGUGAUGAAGACCACCCGCUGCACCCCCCUCUGCAGAGGAUGUUUGAGAGGCUGGCUUCUCAGGCACUGCAGCCCAUGGCACUCAGGGAGUUCUUACGUCUCGGGAACCCUCUGAACUGUGGCGCCUGGGACAAAAAGCUCCUGAAACAGUACCGGGUUCACAAACCGAGCUCUCUCAGCUAUGACACCGACACCAGAA